AGGCAGACACUUUUGUGUAACAGUCACACAAAGAAAAAAAAAUGGAAGAAGAAAAGCAUAUUGAAGAAAAGCAAAUUGAAGAAAAGCAAAUUGAAGCUGGGGAAUCUUCCACAUCAUCUAGAAAAGUAAUAAAUCUGGAGCCAAAGGUGGUUAUAAAGAAAGGAAUAUCAACAAUUGGAUUUUUUCUGCGGUUAUUUGCUGUUUUUGGAACUAUAGGAAGCGCACUCGCCAUGGGAACAACACACGAAUCAGUAGUCUCUUUCACUCAGCUUAUACUCCUCAAGGCUAAAUACAGCGACUUACCAACGCUCAUGUUUUUCGUGGUUGCAAACGCAGUUGCUGGCGGUUAUUUGAUUCUUUCUCUACCUGUGAGUAUCUUUCAUAUCAUCAGUAGUAAAGCUAAAACCUCAAGAAUCAUCUUGCUCGUCAUCGACACGGUGAUGGUGGCUUUGGUGAGCUCUGGUGCAUCGGCAGCAACAGCCACCGUAUAUUUAGCUCACGAGGGAAACACAACCGCUAAUUGGCCGCCGAUUUGCCAGCAAUUUGACGGAUUCUGCAAACGCAUCUCCGGAUCUCUCAUCGGUUCUUUCUGCGCAUUGAUCUUUCUCAUGCUUAUUGUUAUUAGCUCCGCUAUCUCCCUCUCACGCCAUUAAGAUAUCUAUAUAUGCACACAUAUAUCGAUCUG